GCCAAUGAGAGGAGGCGGGGCGGGACAGGCGGGGCCGCGCGGAGGCGGAAGAUGGCGGCGGGCGCGGGGACGCCGGACGGGGGCCCCGAGGGGCCAAACCGCAGCGGCGGUGGCAGCGCCUUCGCCUGCAACCUCUGCCUGGAGCCCGCGCGCGAGGCCGUGAUUGGCCGCUGCGGGCACCUGUACUGCUGGCCCUGCCUGCACCAGUGGCUGCUGACACGGCCCCGCUGCGCCGUCUGUGGGGCUGGGAUCAGCCGCGACACCGUCGUGCCCCUCUACGGGCGGGACAGCGCCCGCCGGGACCCCCGGCUGGAGACCCCCCCCCGACCCCGGGGGCAGCGCCCGGAGCCCGAGAGCCAGGAGGUGCCCCCCACCAGCCCCGGCAGCAGCUUCCACGUGGCCUUUGGCUUCGGGGCGUUCCCCUUCGCCUUCUUCAGCGCCGCGCCGCAACCCCCCCCCGCCGGCACAGGGGAUGCUGGAGACCCCCCCCCAGGCUCACUGGACUCCAUCUUCCUCUUCAUCGCUGCUGCCUUCUUCCUCUGGCUGCUCAGCGUUUGACCCAGGGGGCUUAACGGGGCUGGAGGGGGACUCCAGGACCCCCCCAGAACCCCCAGCUGCUGCAGGGGCCCUGGAUCCACCAGGGGUGUGUGUUUCUGCCCACCCCCCCCCCCCAAACUGUGAUUAAAGCUCUGUGUGUGUG